CGAGACAGGGGUAUAUCGCCACGCAGAUCCAACAGAACCAGUCCGAAUCGCAUACAUCAUCCCAGAGCCAGAAGAACCGAUAAUCGUUUUGACGGCUUUCUUCCGACAACAGCUGCUGCACUUUAUCACGACUUGCGGGGAUGUGCGAGCUUACGUCAUUAGUGUACAUUGAGAGCAGAGAGACGCCCGCUUACACCUAUAAUUUCCGACAUUCCAAAAUAUCCACCAGAGGUGUGUCCAAUGGCAAGAAAUGGGAGGAGCCAAUCGAAUGUCACCUUGGCAACCAAACAGAGGUUGAUUCACUAGCAAAGAAACGCCCUGCGGUGUAGAGGGGACGUCAAGCAACUGGUUUUCAAUGGUUGAUACGCACGCGCUUUCCACACAUACACACAAAUCCAGUCAGAGUAGCUGAAUUUCGACAAAGUGUGUACAAGUGUGUAGAACCGGUGAGGAAGGGCGGGAUAGCUAGCAGACAAAUAUGUGUAAGACUUGGGGUGGGUUAACGUUAACAUAACGUACAACAGCGGCCUGCACCAGCACCGCGUUCAAAGAACACUUGAGAGCUCAAUGUUUGUUAGUAAGCCAAAUAGUAAGUAGGUAUUCCCCUCUGCAAACAGUCGCAUUCGAGAGCAGCUAGAGAUCACCAGCGCAUCAUCACCGCCGUCGUUGUCUUUGCUAUUAUUGUCAUCACCUCGACUUUAUGUCGAUAUUUCGGUUUUUUUAUUUGCAACCAAAAAUAAACGGUUCUUAAAAGUUUUGUUUUCGGAAAUUACUUUCUAUAUCCACAAAUAUAUCUCUAUACUGAUACCCACCUAGUAGAGUACGAGUACGAAUACGAGAACGAGACCGACCGACCGACCAUUGUAAUCGCAUCGCACAUAUAUCGUGCUGUUGUUCUAUUGCGAAUCGAUUGCGGUUAAAAUAAAUAAAUUAAUCUUGUGCAUUUGUCAAUAAAGAUGAACCAACAUUCGCUUAGAUUAAAUUAAGUUAAAUUUGCAGGGGCGAAAGCGAGUGCGAACGCAAACGCGAACCUGUUGCGACGACCAUAGAUAAAAAUAAAAUAAUAAUAUCUAUUAGGUAGGUCGGCCUACCAAAACCCUCUACGGUCUACGCUCAUUUGUACCACGCGAAUUUGUGUAAAUAAACAAAAGAUAUAUUAACGAAAAUAUUAUCAAACGAUUGUCUAAUUGAUUAAAUAUACAUAAAGUAUUAAUUGUAUUUGUUGUUAUUGUUGUUGUCUAAUGUGUUUACUACCUGACGUUACCGCUGCCGGGUCACAAAAUCACAUCGAACUAUGUUUACCAAAAUCAUUGACAGCCCAAUUUCGAUAAUUUUCGGUGUGGAUUCGCUCGCUCAAGUGUAUUUACCUACCCACUUGUAAUUAAAUAAAUUUUACAAACAAAACAAUAAUAAUUGUAUAGUGUGAUCUGAUUGAUAACUGUUUUAUCGAUUGUUUAAUUGUGACUUAUUAAAACAACCUUAAGCCAUCAAUGAAUAUAGUUGUACUGUGUUUUGAAUAAAAGCAAAAUCUAAAAACAAACUUAGCAAACCACACAUUUAUUUCUUGAAUCAAGUGAUACAAAUCAACUGCAAACAUUAAGCUCCAAACGGACCGAGGAUAUCCUCCUCAAGCCCUUACAAUUGACAUCAUGCAGAAGCUGUAUGCGGACGCACCGACUAGCGCUUCUGUCAGCAUGGCGGGCGGGGGAAACAGUGGUGGCGGAGGAGGCACGGGAGGCGGAGGUGGUGGGGGGAAUAGCAGUGGUGGUGGAGCUGUUACAAAUCCCUCUUCAAAUGGCGGCACCAUGAGUCCUUUGACACCGUCGGCCUACGGAAUGAAUCCAAUGGGUAUGACAGUUGGUGGCAUGACAUCCGUUUCACCACAAAGUGCGGCAACUUUCGGCUCCAGUGUACUUGGAUCUGCAGCAGCAGCAAGCAUGAGCAGCAUGGGUGCAGCUGCGGCAGCCAUGAACUCAAUGGCAAACAACUGCAUGACACCUAGUUCCAUAAGUUACGCAUCUAUGGGUUCGCCGCUUGGCAACAUGGGCUCAUGUAUGGGUGGAGGUGGCAUGUCGACUAUGGCUGCGAUGGGCGGCUACACAUCAAUGGCAAACGCUAGGGACCUAGAUGCAGGGUCCCCGAAUUCAAGUGUUUUACAGAGAUCCCGGGUUGAAAAGCCCACAACUUAUCGAAGGAGUUACACUCAUGCUAAGCCUCCGUAUUCUUACAUCUCGCUCAUAACAAUGGCAAUACAAAACAAUCCAACCCGCAUGCUAACACUCUCAGAAAUUUACCAAUUCAUUAUGGAUCUAUUUCCAUUCUACAGGCAGAAUCAACAGCGUUGGCAAAACUCAAUUCGCCAUUCGUUAAGUUUCAACGACUGCUUUGUGAAAAUCCCUCGCACUCCGGAUAAGCCCGGUAAGGGAUCAUUCUGGACGUUACACCCAGAUUCUGGCAAUAUGUUUGAAAAUGGCUGCUAUUUAAGGCGUCAAAAGCGUUUCAAAGACGAAAAGAAAGAAGCUAUUCGACAACUUCACAAAAGCCCUUCGCACAGCAGUCUAGAUGCUACAAGUCCCGGUAAGAAAGACAGCCAUCACGAUGAUCAUUCCCAUCAUCAUCAGCAUCAUAAUCGAGACCACCAUCACCAUCAUAGUAAAGACGGUUCAGGUGGAGGUCUUCUAGGAUCCUCACAUAGCAAGGAUGCCGAAACCCUAGCAAUGCUACAUGCCAACGCCGAAUUGUGUCUAGGACAGCAAGCGUCACAGCAUAUUCCACCCGGCCAUCAUCACCACCAUCACCAUCAGCAAAUGCAACCAGAAGAAAUAUCCGCCAUGGUUAACCGAUGUCACCCAUCGCUCAUAAGUGACUACCAUUCCUCGAUGCAUCACUUGAAGCAGGAACCCACUGGCUACACUCCUUCAAAUCAUCCGUUCUCGAUUAAUCGCCUAUUACCGACGGAGUCGAAGGCGGAUAUUAAGAUGUACGAUAUGAGCCAAUAUGCCGCUAGUUACAACGCUCUCAGUCCCCUCACAAACUCACACGCUGCCUUGGGUCAAGAUUCCUACUACCAAAGUUUAGGUUAUCAUGGGCCAACAGGAACUACCAGCUUGUGACAUCAGUAUCCCCUAGCUUAAGCGCAUUUGGAAUUCCGAUAAGUUCUAUUAUUGCAACAUAAGCUAAUGCCGCUUUUUCAAACCUCAAAAUUAAAAAAAAAAAAAAAAAAAAUAUCCUGAAUCUCUCAUUCACAGCGGGCUGCGAAGAAUAUUCGCGUGUUUGGCGGGCUUUCGGUUUCUGACGAAUUUUUAACGUUAUUCGAUUUUACGUUAUCUAUAUAGAAUGUAACAACGAUGAUAUGGCACCUAAAAUCUGUAGAACUACCAACAUAAUAUUGCUGUAGAUAUUCCCCAACGUAAAUCCCAAAUCGUGUUUUCGUAAAUGUAAAUAAAAUAACUUUUCCGUUUUCGAUAAUGCCUUUUCACCAGAAUCUUAUAAUUUUUUUUCUAAUAAGCAACAAUCAAAAGUGAUUUAGAUGAUAAGCGUAGCGUGUAAGAUAUUUUGAAUUUUUUUUUUGUUUAAAGUAAACUUUUGCAAUAUUUGGCGGUAAACAAAAAAAUAUUUCUUCCUGAAUUUUAAUACCUAAAUCAAACACUCCAAAACUCAAGCAUUUCGUUUUUCCAAGAAAACAAGAAUUGGGUUUUUCAUAAUGUCACAUCUACGCCAUUUUGUUUGAUUUUAUUUUCAAACGUAAACGUAACGUAAAAAUCAAUAACUUUCUCCUAUGUAAAUAAAACAUACAAAAUAUAUAAAUAAAUAAAUAAAUUAAAAGUGCAAUUUAAGUUUCCAAUUUGAGCACAAUUAAGCAAAAUCGAAUUUUACAAAUCGAAUUAAAUAAUUAUAUAAACUAUCUAUACAGAAUCUGCACAUAAAACAUUUAUACAUAUAUAUUUACAGUUAUUAUUUUGUAUUUGUAUUUUUUUCUUAAAUAUAAUUUUGUUGAUUUGUUUUCAUGUAAACAUUGUAAUAUAAUAUAUUUUUUUUUUAUUUUUUAACACAUAAAGUAUCUACUAUCAAUGCUAAACAAUAGAUAACUAACGAAUUCAAAAAUAUUAUUCAAUAGGCAAUUUAAAUUGGUUAUUUCAUAAGGUAGGUACAGUUUUUAAAAACUUAGAUAGUAAGCAAAAGUUAAUAAAAAAAUGACUUAUUCCAUUAAAAAAAAUACAUUCUAUACCAACGUAAAAAAAAAAAGAAAACAACUUGUUAAAAUGUAAUUAAAUGCAAUUUAUGUAUAACCAUACAGCAAAAGCCACAAAAAAACAUAAAUUAUCCACUGAAAGUUAUGUCAACAAAGUGUAGCUAUUGUAAUUAUUAAUUAUUUAAUAAGUUUAUUAGCUUAAGUAAACUUUUACGAUUAAACAAAUAACGUUUUUGUCACGAAUCCAUAUUACUAUGAGUAAUAAAAACAAAAAAGAUGUAAAUAAUAAACACAGUAAAUAAAAACAAAUAUUUUCA